UUAGAAGCAGAGACUCCAAAAACGUCUUCCUCUGUUUUCCUCUGUUCUUCACAUAAACUCUCUGACGCUUCAAAAUUAUCCACACCCUACACAAGAAUAAUGGAAAUCAUUGCCUCCAAACCCAAGAUCAAGUCACAGCAAAGGCUUCCACCAAGGAGAGGACAAAUCAAGCUGCGAAUAUUCAAAGCAUUUGCCAGAUCAGUCGUUGCCGUCAUAACAAUGGCCGGCGAUUUGGGAAUUAGGAAAAGAAAGAAAAAGGGAAACGUUUCUUCUGAGCUCCAUGAAACUCCAAGUGUGUUCAAUUCAGAUACCCAUUCCAAUGGAUGA